GCCAGUAGAAGUAGCGGGAGAUGGUGUCGAAGGUCUUCUGGAAACCGAGAUGUUCUGCGGUCUUGGUGUCGUGGUGCUCGGCCAAGAGCUGAGUACGGAGGUCUCGUGUGUCGGGGAUGCAAAGUCGGCGAGUGCCUUUGGUAUCGAUGUAGAGGAGAUUGUUGAGGAGGGAGUAGUUGGGAACUGGGUCAAGAUCGCGGAGCUUGUUGUAAAUGGUGGCGAAGUCUUAGCAGGAGAGAUAGCCUUGGGUGUAUCGAUGAUGAAGCGAUGGAAGGAGUUGAAUAUGAGUCAUGGUGGCGUAGACUUUCUCGGGGGGCUUGUGGUCAGGUCGUCGAAAGAGGGCAUCCGCAACGCGGUUGCUUUUGCCGGGGCGGGCUUGGCGUGGAGUGAUAUCUUUCUUGGAGAGGAUGGAGGAGAGGAUGGUGUUGUCAGUGCGGAUGGUGAAGUAUUGCCCGUCGAGGUACGGGCGCCAGAUUGUGAGGGCGUGAAUCACGACGAGGAGUUCCUUCUCGCUGGAGGGGUAAUUCAUCUCCGCGGGAAGGAGCUUCUUGCUUGCGAAGGCGAUAGGGUAUUUGCCAGGUGGAGCCUCGGGAUGAGUGGGCGAGUCCUUGAUGGAGGGGGUCUCGGCGGUGUCGCGGGGGAAAUGUUGAGACAGUACGGCUCCGAUGGCGAAGUCGGAGGCGUCAGUGGUGACAUAAAAAUGGCGAGUGGGGUCGGCGAUCUUGAGGAUAGGGGCCGUGGUGAUGGUUUGCUUGAAGCCUUGGGAGGUCGGAUAUGGGAGAUAGGGGAUGUCGAUGGUUGUGUCGGGGGGGUUGGUGAGGAGAAGGAAGUUGGGGUGGAAUGCGUAUGGCAUGUAGCGGUUCAGCCCCGGGAUGAGGGAGGAGGUGGAGGGAACGAAACGAUGGUGGGGAUUGAAGGAUUGGUGGAUAUGGCGGUAGAGGUGGUAGGAGUGGAGGAGGUCGGCGAGGGGGUGUUGUUGGAGGCGGCUGUGGAGGAGGGAGUGGUUUGCGCUGUGGAGGUUGGAGUGGUUUGCGCUGUGGAGGUUGGAGUGGUUUGCACUGUGGAGGUUGGAGUGGUUAGCGCGGUGGUGAUGACCGUGAUGGAGGGGAUGGUCCCUUCGGUCGUGGUGAUGCGGUCACAUAAGGACAACAUGUUGGCCUUUAUGUCGUCGAGAGAGGCGGUGACGGAGGUUUGGAAGCUAUUGAGUGCGUGGACAAUGGCAGAAAGGUCGGGUGUGGCGGUGUUUGCUGGUGGUUGUUCGCCUGCCAGGUUACGGGCGAUGCUAUCAACUGAGUCGGUGCGGAUGUCAGACAUGUUGAUGGAGGAUGCGGUCAUGUCGGCGGAAGAGGGGAUGGAGGAAGCGGCCUGAAUGGGUGUGGAAGAUGCAGCAGCAGUGGUGGCGGCGGCAGCAGCAGCGGCACGUUGGGAGUUCUUGGUUUGGCGUGGUGACAUGUGGAGGGUGGGGGGGGAAUCCCUUAUUUAUUUAUCAAUAAAUUCAAAAAUAAAGAUAAUCGCCAAGAUUUUUCAAAAAAAAAAAAUAAAUAAAUAAAUAGAAUAAAUUCUGAUUUAGAUU